AUGGGUUCAAUGCCAGAGGUCAUAGCACAGGGAAUGCCUACCCAAUGGAGCCGCUUGGUUCGCUUUGUUGCCGUUGAGGACAACGCAGAACAUAUUGGAGAACCCACAGAGGCCGGCAUUGAUGUCGGUGCCGCCCUCGCUUCAUCACAGGAAGUCCGCGUGCGUUCGUUCUCGGGGAAGUCUGUUCUUGAUCCCACCGCCGCGCCUACGUCUACAAUCCUCACUAUCCAAACCCUUCUCAGCCCACUCUCCAAGGCCGAAGUAGGCACAAUCAGAUGCAUUGGCCUCAACUACCGGAAUCACGCAAAGGAGAUGAACAUGGAGCUCCCCGACUACCCGACCCUAUUCUUCAAGCCCUCAACAUGUCUCUCCGCACCCAACGCCCCACUCGUCAUCCCAUACCAGGCCACCGACUCGCAAGCUGACUACGAGGCCGAACUUGCCAUUGUCAUCGGAAAAGAUGCAAGGAAUAUCUCAAAAGAAGAAGCUAUGGACUACGUUCUAGGCUACACAUGCUCCAACGAUGUAACCGCAAGGACGCAUCAGUUCCGAGGAGCGCAAUGGGGUUUCGGCAAAGGAAUGGAUGGUUUCGCGCCAAUGGGACCAUGCAUUGUCGCUGCCAGCUCUAUCCCCAACGCCGGUGAGAUUGAGGUGAAGACCGUUCUCAAUGGCGAGACGAUGCAGUACAGCCUUGCAAACGACAUGAUCUUCUCCAUCCCCGAGAUUGUGUCGUAUCUUUCAACUGGAACCACUUUGGAGGCUGGAACGGUUAUUAUGACCGGAACUCCUCACGGCAUUGGCGUCAGCAAGACACCGAAGGUGUUCUUGAAGCCGGGAGAUGACUGCAGAAUUGUAAUGAGCCAUGGAAUGGGCAGCUUGGUAAACACUGUUGAGUACGAACAAAAGCCAUUGAAGAAAUAG